UUGUUGUUACUAGUUGUUACCGGAAUAACAUGUCGAGGUCAGAACGUCACUCAUGUUUCAAUAUUCGUUGAAGAAACGUUUUCGUAUACGAUUAAUGAUUGAAUUGUAUGAGUACGAAAAAUAUUGAAUUAAAUAAUUAAAAAUGUCGCUUUGCUUUCGUACCAUUUCAAAUAAAUUAACAUCGUUUGUAAAUACGAGAAAACAAGUUACGACUAUCGAUUGUCGGUUGCCAAAAAACAUAAAAUCUUCGUCAUUUUUGAAUGAGUUUUUGGGAGCUCAGACUACGGUGGAUACAAAAACAAAGUUAACAGAUAGUUAUUACGAUAUUUAUACAGACGUUUAUUCAUUCCAUCAGAAAUUGGACAAAGAAUUGAUUAAGAGUUGUAAAAAAAAUAAAAAUGAAAUUUUACAUAUACCACAGCAGAGUUUGACUAAUCACAGUAGGUUCUUAAAUACAGAACCAGUUUUAAAUCAUUUGUUGCUAUACAAUGUUAAUAUAGAUUGUAAAAAAACGAAAAAUGAAUAUCCAACGAGAGAUGAUAUCUUCUAUAACGUAAAUAAUAAUAGAUUGUGUUCUAAAAAACAAAUGUUGAAUACUGUUGUUAAUAAUCAUUUGAAGCAAAAUAAUAUUUUACUUACAAAUGGUGGAAUUAUUAAAUCGCAACAAGUUAAUGAUCAAAAAUCGAUUCGAAAUCAGGAAGGUAGACCAUCCAAAGAACAAUUAGAACAUAUAUUUACUUGUCUUAGACAAGACUUACCAAAUUUUUUCAUCAAAACAUUAGAUUACACAAUAUAUUCCCCAAAUUUAAUAUUUAUUAAUAAUAUUAAAGGAUCAGAAACGAAGGGUAUUUUUAAUUACAUGAAACAACUUACUUGGAUAAGAACGAUUGGUCAUUUAAAAUUUGCAUAUGUAAAAUUAGAUGUAUUAAAAAUAACAAUGAAUCCAGAAGAUGAUACGAUAAAAGUGCGUUGGCGAAUAAGUGGUAUUACAGGGCUAAGAGCACUUUUUACAUUAUGGAAAUUUAAAUUGUGGAAAAUGAAGGAAGCUUUAAAUGAUGCAGAAGUAUGGUAUGAUGGAUUUUCCACAUAUUAUGUUGGUGCUGAUGGUAAGAUUUAUAAACAUGUAAUGGACAAAAUGAUGCCCGAUCAAAGUAAACUUUACGAUAAAGAAAAACCAACAGAAGUUGCUACAAAACUUGCGAUGUUCGUAGGAUUAAAAAAUUUACAAACGCAAAAUAGUUUAAAUGAAAUAAUUACAAUAUUGAAACCAUAUGGUCAUUGUAAAAUGACGAAAAAAUUAAAAGAUUACACGAGUAGUGAAAUAAACACAAUUUAUGUAUAUUAAAUAUAAUUCGCGUAUAUCGAAACGCUUGUUAAAGCGCUGUAAUUUUUUUUAUAGCGCGCAUCCUUGUAAUAAUGAAAUUAGAUAUUACAUCAUAGAUUUUUUGAAAUCUCGUUUAAUUUUACAUAAUAUGUAAAUAAUUUUGAUUUUACAAAAAAAA